GAUGAGGCCACCAUUGUUGCCGCCCUCAAGGACCAGCAAUUUUUAAUCAUCACCAUGGCCCCUACCGCGCCCCGUGACGCCCACAGCAAGCUCGUCCAGGCGGCCGCCAAGGCCGCCAUUCCCUACGUCAUGCCUAACGGGUAUGGCGGCGACAUUGACGACAUUAAACUCGGCGAAGAGACAAUGCUGGGGCCCAUAGCCAAGGCCCACAGAGACGAGAUUGAGAGGCUUGGUAUGCAGUGGAUCACGGUGUGCUGUGGAUUCUGGUACGAUUACAGCUUAGCGGGCGGGGAUUCGCGCUUUGGGUUUGACUUUGACAAGCGCUCGCUGACCAUCUACGACGAUGGCAACACCAAGAACUCGACGUCGACGUUAUCGCAGGUUGGGCGCGCUGUGGCCCAGGUGCUGAGCCUCAAUGAGCUUCCCGAGGACGAAACCGAUAAGCGGCCUACCCUGUCGAUGUUCGUCAACCAGGGCGUGUACAUUAAGAGCUUUGUGGUCAGCCAGAACGACAUGUUUGAGAGCGUCAAGCGUGUCACCGGCACCACUGACGCCGACUGGACGAUUACCCACGCGAAGACCCAGAAGCGGUACGAGGAUGGCCUGGCGCAAGUGCAAGCAGGCAACAUGGCUGGUUUUAGCAAGAUGCUGUAUGCAAGGGCAUUUUACCCCGAUGGUUCCAAUAGUCUCGCAGCCAAGGCGCAGAAUGAGCUGCUUGGAUUACCGGAUGAGAGCCUGGAUGAGUCUACCCAGGUUGGAAUCGAAAUGGUCAAGGAGCUGCAGCUUCGAGUUCAGCGUAUGGCGGCAUAGCUAUAUCCGUUAUUAAUCAUGUCUAGUGCG